AUGAAUAGCCUGUUUAUAAUUAAAGUUCCUAUAAGGAGUUAUUUACCAGAACAAUUUCUACGACGAUCUGUUACUAGAGUUACACCAUCAUUACUAAUAUAUAUAUCAAAACGUCAUAAUUCAACCACCCAACAACAACAACAACAGGAGGAGCAAGUAUUAUUAUUAGAACCUCAAGAUAGAUUUAAUUAUAUUAAACUGUUAAAACUGAGGAAAGAAAUAAGGAAAAAUUUAAAUCGUAUUUAUAGAUUGAAAAAUAUUAAUUUCACUAAAGAAUUAAUUGAAUUAAAUGAAUAUGAUUAUGAUUAUGAACAUAAAUAUAAAUCAAUAUUGAAUAGAAUUUCUAAAGAUUAUUUAUAUGAAGAUAUAUGUGAAUUAAUACUUGAAGGAGAUUUAUCAACAUUGAAGAGAAUAAAUUUAAAGAAUAUAAGACCAAAAAUAGAUUCAGAGGAUCAUAAUUCUUCAUCACAAAGUAAUGAUGCUUCUGAUACUUCUAUUGGUGAAUAUAUUAAUAAAUUUUUAUUAAUAUUAAUCAAUGAAGGUGAAUAUAUCAAAGCAAUUAAAUUUAUGAUUCGAUUUAUUAAUAAAUAUAAAGAUGAAAUUCCAUUACCAAUAAUUCAAUAUGAAACAUUUCAAUUUUUACUUAAUCAAAUUGAUAAUAAUAGUACUAUUGAUGAUUUAUCUAUGAUUAAUUAUGGAUUAUUACAAAUUUGUGUGAAUCAUUAUCAAGGAAUUGAAGAAUUAAAAGAUUAUGAAAUGUUAUUAUUAUUAAAAAUUUUUAAUAAAAAUUUAAUUCAUGGGAAUUAUUUUAGUAAUUAUUAUUAUGAUUGGUUAUUAAUUAAAAAUUGUGAAUUCCUUAAUUUUAUUAAUAAUGAAAAAUAUAGUAAAUUAUAUUUUCAAUUAAUAUGUCAAAUGUUGAAAACUAAUUUAAUUAAUUUAAAUUCUUAUCGAUGUUUAACUAUUUGGAAAGAUAAUCAAAAAUUUAUUAUUAAUAAAAUUAUUGGUAAUAAUGAGGAUGAUGAUAAGAAGGUUGAAAUUAUUGAUGAAAUACUUUUAAAUGAAUUUCUUGAUAUAAUGAUUGAAAUAUUUAAAUUAUUUACUGAUAAAAAUCAACCAAUUUUAAAUAAUGAUGUUACAUUAAUUCUUGAUAAAUUUAGUGAAAUUGAUAGAAUUAAUCAAAAUGAUAAAUUUAUAAAUUAUAAAUUACAAUUUUAUGGAACUAUAGUUAAAAAUCAACAAAUUUUUGGGAAUAUCAUUACUAAUCAAUUGAAUAGUAGUGGUAGUAGUAGUAGUAGUACUACAAAUAAAAAUAAGAAUGUCGAUGGUUUAACUAUUAAUAAGAAAUUUAUAAAUCGAAAGAAUUUAAGUCAUUUAUUUGUUGGAUUUUUAAAUUUAAAUGAUGAAAUUAAUUCUAAUAAAAUUUUAGAAACUAUUCAUAAACAAUAUAGUAAUCCUAACAUUUAUUAUAGUACUGGUACUGGUACUGAUAAUAAUAAUAAUAAUAAUAAUAAUAAUAAUAAUAAUAAUAAUAAUAAUGAUAAUUCAUUUUUAAAUCAAUAUGAAAUUAAUGAAAUUAUUAAGAAAUUAUUAACUAGUCAUAAUGAUAUAAUUAAAUCAUUAGAAUUAAUUGAAAAUUUAUCAUGGAAUCAUUGUAAAUGGAGUUAUUUAGAAAUUUUCAAUUAUAUUUUAGUAAAUGCUACAAGUGAACAACAAAAAGAUGUUGAAAAAUUUUUAAAAGAUUUUCAAUUAAGACUUGUUGAAAAUUUUAAAGAUGAAAUUUUUUUAGAAGAAUUAACUAUAAUUAUAUUAAAACAUAUAUCAAUUAUGGAUAAUCGAGAUGCUAUUAGAUUAUAUAAUAAGAUUUUGAAAUUAUCCAGUAAUACCAGUGUUGUUAUUGCUAGAACAAGUUCUACAAGUUCUACAAGUUUUAUCAAUAACAAACCUAAUGAACCACCAAUACUAGAACCACAACCACCACCACCACAAAUAACAAAUAAUACUAGGGGAAAUUUAAAUACUAGUGAUAUAUCAUUAUUUGAAUAUUUAAAUAUUGAAGAAAUAUUUGAUAAAUAUACUUUAAAAUCUCGUAAUAAAAAAUUACGGAAAUCUUUAUUAAUUAAUGAAAGAAUUAAAUAUUUACCUGAUUGGUUAAUUAAUAAAAAUUAUUUAAAAUUAAUUAAUAAAAAUUCAAUGAUUAAAAUUUGUUUAAAUUUAUUAAUUCAAUCAAUUAUUGAAAAAGAUUAUUAUUGUAUAAUUUGGUUAUUUGAUGAAUUAAGAAAAUUUGGUUGGAGAAUUGAAGAUAUUUUAUGGUAUUGUAAUUCUUAUGAUUUACAAGAUUAUUUACAAGAAAUAAUUAAUGAAAAAGUUUUAUUACAUUAUAAAUUAAAACAUCAUCAUCAUCAUUAG